UCCUUACUAUAUUCCAAACUUCAAUUUCGAGACUCUUACCUUUCCAGACCAACCGUUAGAAAAAAGAAUAAGUUGGUUGGUCUUACUCUUUUUUAUCGUCAAAUGUUAGUGAUUAGUAGGGGGAUUUGAAGUUGCGACCUUUUCUCAUUCUUUUCUACCUUCACCACUAGAUCAAACUUAUAUUUCCCUUAGUCUUUGCUUCUUGGUUUGGAUUUCUGAAACUUCUUAUCUUCAAACAUGUGGGGUCUAAGAUAAUAGUAAGACAAUCAUUUUUCUUAGCCAUCGUUGUGUUUGCUCUGCAGGUUCUAUUCACUUUCUUUCUUGUACUGCUUCUAAUAUGCUUUUUCUUUAUGUUUCUAAUCAACAAUCAUCUCUUAUCUGUUAUUUAUAUAUUAAUUGUAGUUUAGUUUUGUUCUCUUUUAUAACUAAAAAGUUUUUUCUCUAAAGCUACAGAUCUCAUAUAUAAAUAUGAAGGAAAAGAGAGACUUUUCUGAAUUUGUGUCAGAAUUAAUAGUUCUGGCUGAUGAGGUUGCCUCAUUUGCUAAGAAUCCUGAAAUUGAGAUAGUAGAGGAUGCUUUUACUGAGUUUGCCAUGUUGGUUGAGAAAUUUGCUCCAAUCUUGAAUGAUUUGAGAGACAAAAGCAAAAUUAUGGACAAGUCAGCUAUCAGAAAGUCGUUGGAAUCUCUUAUGAAUGAGCUUACCCGGGCUAAAGCUUUGAUCAGAAGCUCCUCUUUGAAAGAGCGCAUCAAACGAAUUGAGGGCAUAGCACAUGAUCUCGGUCGAUCAUUAGGCAUGCUGCGUGUGGCAAGCCUUGAAGUGUCCAUAGAUUUUAGAGAAAAGAUUGGUACAUUACAAAAAAAGCUGAUGAAUGUGAGAUUUGGUGGGAAUACGAGUCUAACUUCAAGUUCAAUAUCAACAUUUGUCAAUGAAGAAAAGGUGGGAGGGGAAAUAGAACAGGAGAUAAAUAAUGUUACUGGAGAUGAUGUUUUACUACACCUCAAGAAUGGUGAUGCUGAAGAAUUUGCAGUUGCACUCUUAAGGCUAAAAAAGUUCAUCAGGGGUGGAAAACUGGAUAGCGGUUUAAUUAACGUGGAAGCUGCUGUUUCCAUUCUUUUUAAUCGUCUAUUUUCAUGUAAGACAGGCAAUAGAUUGACAAUCAUUCAAUUGCUAAGAAGUGUUGCUUUGCAAAAUGAUGAGAUGAAGGUAAAGUCCUGCAAUACUAUGCAGGAGAAGAUGACAAAGAAUGAGUUAUUAUCAGCAGUGGUGAAAUCUCUAACAAGAGACACUGAAGAGAGGAGGGAAUCAGUGGGACUGUUGCUAGAACUCUCUGACCUUCCUGCAGUUAGACGGAAGAUUGGAAGAAUUCAGGGGUGUAUUGUUAUGUUAGUUUCUAUCCUUAAUGGAGUUGAUCCUGUUGCUUCACGUGAUGCAGCAAAGUUGUUGGAUAUAUUAUCAAAUAAUACUCAGAAUGCACUUCUUAUGGCUGAGGCUGGUUACUUUGGGCCACUAGUGCAGUAUUUGAAUAAAGCAGGUUCUGACAUGACCAAGAUCCUCAUGGCAACAACACUUUCUAGGCUGGUGCUCACUGAUCAUAGCAAACUUACCCUUGGACAAGAUGGGGCAAUUGAGCCCCUUGUGAGAAUGUUCAAUUCUGGAAAACUUGAGUCCAAGUUAUCAGCUCUAAAUGCACUGCAAAAUCUUUCCAGCUUGACAGAAAAUGUGGAACGCUUGAUCAAAACUGGAAUUGUAGGAUCUUUGCUACAACUUCUUUUCUCGGUAACAUCUGUGCUCAUGACUCUACGGGAGCCUGCAUCAGUUAUCCUUGCAAGAAUUGCUGAGUCAGAAACUGUUCUUGUCAAUAAAGGUGUCGCUCAGCAGAUGCUCUCACUUUUGAAUCUUUCCAGCCCUGUGAUUCAAGGUCAUCUAUUAGAAGCUCUAAAUAGCAUUGCUUCCCAUCCUUGUGCCUCCAAAGUGAGAAGCAAAAUGAAGGACAAAGGUGCACUUCAGCUAAUUUUACCCCUUCUGAAGGAAACAAAAAUGAAAAUAAGGAGCAAGGCAUUGAAUUUGCUAUAUACUCUCUCCGAAGAUCUAACAGAUGAGUUGACAGCACAUUUUGAUGAAACGCAUCUUUUUGACAUUGUUAACAUUGUCUUAUCAUCAACAUCAGAUAGCGAAAAGGCUGCUGCUGUUGGCAUACUGAGUAAUCUUCCUGUUAGUGAUAAAAAAGUGACAGAUGUACUGAAGAGAGCGAAUUUGUUGCCCGUUUUGGUAUCCAUUAUGGAUUCAGGCACGAGAAGUAACUCACCAGCAAAAAGUAUCUUAAUGGAGAGUAUUGCAGGCGUUGCAAUCCGGUUCACAAGCUCCUCCGACAAGAAAUUGCAACUUCUUUCAGCACAACAUGGGGUGAUUCCUUUGCUUGUAAAACUGCUCUCAAGUGGUUCAGCAAUCACAAAAUUCAAAGCCGCAACCGCUCUUGCUCAACUAUCACAGAAUUCUCCGUCUCUUAGGCGGUCUAGGAAGUCGAGGUGGUUGUGUGUUGCUCCCUCAGUGAAUGCAUAUUGUGAAGUUCAUGAUGGUUAUUGCUUUGUUAGCAGCACAUUUUGUCUGAUCAAGGCAGGAGCUGUUUCUCCCCUUAUCCAAAUAUUGGAAGAUAAGGAUUGGGAAGCAGUGGAAGCUGCUCUGAAUGCCCUUUCAACUCUAUUGCAAGAUGAAAUCUGGGAAGGUGGUGCCAAUUGCAUAGCCAAAUUGUCAGGUGUAGAAGCUAUUGUAAAUGUAUUAGAAGCAGGUGAUGUGAAGGUUCAAGAAAAAGCGCUAUGGAUGUUGGAGAGAAUAUUCAGGGUUGAAGAACACAGAAUGAAAUAUGCAGAAUUCGCCCAGAUGGUUCUUAUUGAUAUGGCACAGAGGAGUGAUUGUAGAUUGAAGUCUACAGUUGCAAAAGUCUUAGCAGUGCUGGAGCUGCUACUAGUUCAAUCAAGUUAUUUCUGAUACAAAGUGUAUCACUAUGAUUCAUGUUAUGGCAGUGAACUUAUUUUGGGUUCCAUUCAUUUAUAUUUUUUUGUGUACAUGCGUGUAUUUAAUCUUAUUUUAUUUGAACCACACAGUGCCAUAAUGGUAUUAGUACAUGUAUUUUUUUUCUAAA